CUCUCUCUCUCUCUCUCUCUCCGUGCAGCGAAAAAAGUUGCCUUUCUGCUGAUUCCGGCGUCUCCCUGCAGCGUAUCGAAUUGGGUCGAAGGCGAUGUUGAGGACGAGGUUGCUGUGGUUCGGAUUAGGGUUCGCGGUGACCGGUGCUGCGGUUUCCCAAUUGGUGUGGAGGGACCUCUGGGUCGAUCGCUACGCCCUUUCUGCUGAGAUGCAGGAGAAGUUCGAUGCAUUGGGAGCGAGGAUUGCGAGUCUCGAGCCGGUCCCUUCCUCCGAGUCCAAACCCGCUCAGGUACAAGGUCGCGUUUCUGUAUUGGACUGAACUGCAUAAGCAUGGAGAAGAUGGGCUUGCUGUUGGUUGGAUUUGUAUGCAGUUGUUGUCAUUGGAACUUUAAGCUAGUAGUCAGUUCGGUGGUCACAAGCCUAAAACUUUAGGAUUUUAGAUUUCCAGUAAUUACAUCUGUGACUGGGUUUCAACUCUUUCUUACAUGUAUCAGAUUCUGAUUAAGGCACGACAAGAUCCAUAAGGGAGUUUUUGGGAAAUACUUAAAUGGAAACCGUCAAAACAAUGCAGUGCGCUGUUUUGGAUGA